AUGUCGUACGACGAGGUGGAGAUCGAGGACAUGGAGUGGAACGAGGAGUUGGGGGCGUUCACCUAUUCCUGUCCCUGUGGCGACCUUUUCCAGAUUACUCUCGAGGAGCUUAAGAAUGGAGAGGAGAUCGCAAGAUGUCCAAGCUGCUCCCUUUUCAUCACAGUCAUUUACAAUCCCGAGGACUUCCAGGGAGAUGGCCCUGGAGUGGAGCCUGUGGGUCCAGAGGGAGUUUUAGUGGCCUAG